UGCCAGCCCAUCAUCAUCGAGAUCCCCUCAUUAUUCCCUUUUUUGUGAAGUCGCAUCAGAAUGUCGCUUCUCAUUGCCAUGCCAUGGAGAAGCUGGGCAUGGCAGCGUCCGUGGGAAAGUAAGAAGAAAAUUGAUCUUCCCGUCGACGUAAUCGAAUGAGAUCAUGAGAGACCUCUGCAUUUCUAAUAUAAAGAUGCUCAAUUGAGGUCUGUUCCGUCUUCCACUUGUCUCUUCCCAGUCUUCCCCAAGCACUAGAAUGAAGCUCUCGACCCUCCUCGGCCUCGCGGGCGCCUCCAGCUACACAGCAGCACAGAAUUCCACGAGCUACAACACAACCCUCAACAGCACCUUCGGUACGGCAGGACCGCGAAAUGUGCGAAUUGAUACAGGUACAUAUGGUCCACAGGUGGAGGAAUUCCAUUACUACUACGACCAGUGGCCAAUUGGCUUAGCCGUGUCGAAACAAGGACGAGUCUUCACCUGCUACACACGCGGGACGUACGCCUAUACUCUGGGAGAGGUCGUCAACACCACUGCUGAAGCAGCAUAUCCAUCUUUGGCACUGAACACGCCUCCUGGGGGACUCUACAAUGUCACCAAUGGCAUCCAGUUCGGCAGCAAUGAUCCCAACUCCUUCAUCAGUGUGCAAGCACUGUACAUUACCCCCGACGACACCCUCUGGGUUCUCGAUACCGGCCGUCCCACAAUCAACGAAUCCCAAGCUCCAAGCAUCCCAUACGCUGCACCUGGUGGCCCGAAGCUCGUCGCAAUCAAUCUGACCACUAAUUCGAUCGCACGAACGUACACGCUUCCUCCCAACGUCCACUAUCCCGAUUCAUACAUGAACGAUCUGCGAUUUGAUAUGCGACCGAAUGUCACUGAAUCAGGCGGAGGAAUUGCAUACAUCGUGGACUCGAGCAAUGAGGGCAGAACAGGAUUCAUCAUGAUUGAUCUGGGGACUGGGGAGAGUUGGAGACAGCUCUCCCAGCACCCUAGCACGCUAAGAGUCAACGAGGAUGUGCCGAGCUACCAGGGCAUUCCGUUUUACUCGCGGCAGAAGGGAAGUCCACUUGGCUUUCAACAGGAGGGGUUGGAUGGUGCGGAGUUGAGUUUGUAUGGUGAUAUUAUUUACUACUCCCCCUUGACUUCCGAUUACCUCUUCUCUAUCGAGACACGAUAUCUCCGCGCCAACCCCUCCAAUGACACUCUGUCUGCCAAGCGUGCCUUUGACAACGUCAAGAAUCUAGGUCAACGCGGUGGGAAUGCUAACGGGUUUUCAUCCGAUAAUCUGGGGAAUGUGUACAUGUUGAUGCCAAACCAAAAUGCAAUCUACAUCUACAACUCUACAACUCUCCAAGCAAAGCCCUACGUCCGCGACCCUCGCAUUGUCUGGCCCGACAGCGCGAAUGUGGGUUUCGACGGGUAUAUCUACUUCAAUAUCAACCAGCUGCCGUACCAGCCAGAUUGGAACGAUGGCAAUGAUGGCAGGCAAUACCCGGGUCUCAUUCUAAGGUCGAGGUUACCGGAUGGGGCUAAUAAGAAUAUGAUUCUUGGGCCUUCGACGUGAUAAGGUUCCCAUACACCUCCUAGUGACUGGGUCUGCGUCAAUGAGACACUCGACAUUUGAACUCCAUGCAAUAAUUGUCGGAUGCCAUUGCUCAUAAAAGGUUAGUCAUCAUAUGGCGGGGUCUGGCCAAGGAGUCUAUACAAGAAUGCAUCAUAUCGUAUCCCUGCUUCCUGCCCAGGUUCGCGCCAUGUGCCAGAUUCUGGCGACGAGGCAUUUCCGCUUGUGGAGUCGUCUGUUCUCAAUGCAUUGUGCAACAAUUUCCGAUUUGAACAUAUUAAAAGCUCACCUAGGAUGAUGAAUAGCCACCAAGGACCGACAGGACAUAUGUGAUUGGUACGACAAUCGACUGGGCUGAGACUUUCGUACUCUG